GGUCCUGUACUGGGAGCAGGCAGAGCACAGCAUACUUAAUUCCAUAGCUGGUCACCAUCCAAUCGGGACAGACCAGGUUAAUUUUCACAAGAUAAGAGUCACUAUAAGGUCAAGUCCUCUCCAGCUUUCCACAGCUUCUUCCAUAGUUGGUUAUGACAAAUAUGGGGACAACGGUACGAGCUGGGUCCAGUGUCCUACUCUGGGUGAUCUAUCUGUUCCUGGUAUUUCCUACCACAGUCACUGGACCCAAAGUCCCUCAGCCUGAAAUGGAUACCCUGGGUCAUGUUCAAGGCCAGCAGGUAGGUGUGAAGAAUACAGAGCACGUGGUAAAUGUCUUCCUGAGCAUUCCCUUUGCUCAGGCACCACUAGUGCUUCAGUUCUCGGUUCCACUCCCACAGCCCUGGGAAGGUGUGAGAGUUGCCAGCACCAAUCUCCCAAUGUGUCUGCAGGAUGUAGAGAGAAUGAACAGCAGCAGAUUCACCCCCAACGAAAAGCACCUAAUCUUCCCUAUUUCUGAGGACUGCCUGAUCCUCAGUGAGAUCACUGCAGGGACCAAAAGGCUGGUCAUGGUAUGGAUCCAUGGGGAAUCUCUGGAAGUUGGCUCCGCCACCGCUCAGGACGGAUCAGCCCUGGCUGCCUAUGGGGGUGUGGUAGUCGUCACUGUCCAGUAUCACCUUAGGAUCUUUGGCUUCCUCAGCACUGGGGAUAAGCACAUGCCAAGCAACAGGGGGUUCCUGGAUGUGGUGGCUGCUCUGUGCUGGAUCCAGGGGAACAUAGCCCCCUUUGGGGGUGAACCCAACUGUGUCACUGUCUUCGGUAAUUCUGCUGGUGGCUCUAUCGUCUCAUCCCUGGUCCUGUCUCCAAUGUUUGCUGGGCUCUCCCACAGAGCCAUAUCCCAGAGUGGGGUUAUCACCACCAGGAUGAUGAAAGAGAUGAACACAUAGCCUUAAGCUCGGAACUUUGCCAAUUCUGUGGCCUGUAGUUCUGGAUCCCCAGCUGAGCUGGUACAGUGUUUGCUGCAGAAGGAAGAAAAGGAUCUUAUACAGAAAAAUGUGAACGUUUCCUAUAUCAUUAAUGACUCCUUCCCACAAAGGCCAGAGAAGAUCCUCACAGAUCGGCAACUCCCCACUGUGCCCUACCUCCUGGGAGUCACCAACCAUGAGUUUGGCUGGCUCAUACUCAGGAUCUGGAAUAUCCUGGAUAAGUUGGAACAUUUGAGCCCGGAGGACCUAUUAGAUAUUUCAAGGCCUUUCUUGGCCCUUAUGGAAGUGCCCCCUGAGAUCAUGCCCACUGUCAUAGAUCAAUACCUAGACAAUGGCUCAGAUGAAUCAGCUACAAAGUAUGCCUUCCAGGAAUUGCUGGGUGAUAUCACACUCAUCAUUCCUAUCUUGAACUUCUCAAAAUACCUUCAAGAUGCUGGGUGCCCUGUUCUCUUGUAUGAGUUCCAGAAUACACCCAAUUCUUUUGCGAAGUUCAAGUCAGCCUGGGUGAAGGCUGAACAUGCAUCUGAGAAUUCCUUUGUUUUUGGAGGUCCUUUCCUCAUUGAAGAGAGCUCCCUCCUGGCCUUCCCAGAGGCCACAGAGGAAGAGAAGCAGCUGAGCCUAACCAUGAUAGCCCAGUGGAGCCAGUCGCACACAGGGAACCCCAAUGGCAAGGAGCUACCUCCUUGGCCCCAAUUAAACCAGUUAGAACAAUACUUGGAGGUUGGUCUAGAACCACAGACUGGGGUGAAGCUAAAGAAGGGUCGGCUACAGUUCUGGACAGAGACACUGCCCAGAAAAAUUCAAGAAUGGCACCGGCAGCAGAGGAGAAGGAAUCUGGAGGAGCUCUGA